UUCUCGUAUGUACAUUUUUUUUGUAAGAGUAUUAGUGGCCUGCUACUCAAUAAUAUUGUGAUAUUCACAAUUCGCCAAAUAAAACGGUGCUAUUUAUUGAUUUAUUGGGCUUACUCAAACGAACAAAAUAGAGAAAUGAUUUUGCUUGCUAUUUUUGCAGUUGUCUUCUGCAUUGGGUCGUUAAUGACAUUUAGUUAUAUAUCCUUUGCUCAAAACAAACCUUACAUGGAUGAAAUUUUUCAUGUUCCCCAAGCUCAACACUUUUGUGACUCUAAUUUUACAAAGUGGGACCCAAUGAUCACCACUCUACCAGGAUUAUACAUGAUGUCAGUGGGUGUACUGAAGCCAGUGUCUGCCAUCUUGAAUAUACCAGUUCUUGAAGUGUGUACAACGUUCUGGUUGAGAGCCACCAAUAUUUUUUUCAGCUUUGGGAACUUCUAUCUGAUUUACACAAUUCUGAAAAAACUUCAUAAUCCAGUAUUUGAUCCAGAUGGCAUCAAAAUUGCUAUGACAACAGUAGCGCUCAGCUUACUCCCAGUAUUGUAUUUUUUCACCUUUCUGUACUACACUGACCAAGGAUCGACAUUUUUUGUUCUCAUGAUGUACCUCUUCUGUCUCCAUGGCAACCAUAAAAUGGCCGCCAUUUUCGGCGCAGCAUCUAUACUGUUUCGACAAACCAACAUUAUCUGGGUAAUUUUUAUGGCGGGAUUAGCUGUGCGAAAGGAAUUAAGUUUAUGGUUGAAACAAAUUUGUGAGAAAAAAGACAUAAAGUUGGAAAAUUUGAAUGACUUAGAACUUUUAAAGGUGACUUUUACAGUAGUAUCUGAUUGUGCAAAGGCAAAAAGAAAUUUAUUGUCCUCACUGUUUUCUGAUAUCGUAAAAAAUGUAUGGGCAUAUGUAUUAGUUGGGAUAGGGUUUGGAAUAUUUAUCAUUCUUAACAAAGGUAUUGUUGUUGGUGAUAGAACACAACAUGUGGCAGUAUUGCAUUUUCCACAGUUGCUUUAUUUCUUAACAAUGACAAACUUUUUUUCUCUAUUCCAUUUGUGUUCACCGUACAAAGUUUGGGAAUUUCUCAAAUUCUGUAUACGACAUCCAUUAUUUAUGUUGUCAUUCUUUGGUGUAGCUUUCCUCAUGAUACAUUAUUUUACCUACGAGCAUAAAUACCUCUUGGCUGAUAACAGACACUUUACAUUUUACAUAUGGCGGAAAAUAUACCGUAGACAUGAAUAUGUUAAGUAUAUCUUAAUUCCUGCAUACUUCUAUUUUUUCUGGAGUGUUUUAGAUGAGAUUAAGUUUAGAGAUAUAUACUGGAAACUUGUAUAUAGUAUUUGCCUUGUAGCGGCAUUAGUUCCGCAGAAGUUACUGGAAUAUCGUUAUUUUAUACUGCCGUACCUUAUAUUUAGAAUGAACAUGCGUCAUGGUACAGCCCUUGGACUUUUUCAUGAAAUUUUACUGGCCAUAGUAGUCAAUGUGUUGACAGUGUAUCUAUUUGUAAAUAUGUCAUUUAGAUGGAAACAUGAAGACGAAGUUCAGCGUUUUAUGUGGUAGAGUAGACGUUAUGUAUUUACAUGAUGACACUUUUUUGUUCUCGGAAACUAGUCAAUAUCAUUAAAGUGACAUUAUACUCAUUUCGUUGUCUAGUUGAUUAGUUAAUUAAAUAUUUCAAAAGAUUGACUAUUAUAACAGUUAAAUACAAAAACUGUCUAAAAUAUGAAAAUACUGCCCCACUCUAUUUAUCAACUGAUUCUAAAAUAUUAUGAGGUUAUUGUACUUUGUUGAAUUAUAUUUGACAAGUACAGAGCUGUCUAAAUUAUAUUUAGUGAGGCAAUAGCUAAAUAUUUAUAGGUCAAAAAGAAUCAGUAUUGUUCUCAUCCAUGUUUAAUGACCUCAUUAUGUCACAGCACAAUUUUUUGACAUCUUGACAGAACUUUGUUUUUCGAUUGAUAUGAAUUUUAGACUCUCAAAAAGUAAAACAAGGCUAGAUGGGGACAAAAUAUGUGAUUUUGUAGGAAUACGUAUUAUCCUUGGCCGGGUGAUAACCCUUUUAAUUAAGUUAAAGGUUGAGGUCACAGUGACAAACUCCUAGUCUGAUAAAAAAAAUUGAGGAAGAAUAAAAUAGAGAAAAGCAGAAUCCCUAAAACAAGCCCAACAUGGUUUAUGCAACUUGGUAGGAACAUUGCCCGUGCCAGUUGUCAAAGUAUUAAGUCGGUUACAGUGAUAUUUUAUGUAAAAUCCUUGUCCAAGUUAUAAUUUGAGAAAAGAUAAGCAUAAGUUUGUUAAAAUUUGGUCAAGGUCACAGUGACAUCUGAUGUAAAUUGUCAAACAUUCAUGUCAGUCAUAUAUUUGUGGUAAUUGUUAGUUAAAAUACUUCUUUUAUUUAUAUUACUUAUUAAUAUAACACUUAACCUAUAUGAAAUAUAUGUUUAUAAGUAUUUAAACAUACCUCUGUGAAAGUCAAAUGAUGUGGGGGGGAUCUAUGGUUAUCCUGUAGACAGGAGUAGGUAACUCUAUUAAGCAUUUUGACAGAAUUAUGCCCCUUUUUCGACUUUAAUUACGUUAAAGUUUUUGUAAUACCUCAAAUAUUUUCAAAGUCCAUUGACAUAUGGCUUUGAAACUUUGCACACUUGUUCACCAUCAUGACCCCAACCUGUAAACAGGAGGAGGUAACUCUAUCAAGCAUUUUGACAGAAUUAUGCCCCUUUUUUGACUUGGAAUUUACGUUAAAGUUUUUGUAAUACCUCAAAUAUUUUCAAAGUUCAUAAGGCUUUGAAACAUGUUGAAAUUUUAUACUCUUCUUUGGCAGCAUAAUAGGACUCUCUCCAAUGCCUAUAACUGUAAUAUGGAUUUAAAGAAAAAUUUGCCUUUUUCUUUACAGAGAAAAUUUUACCUUUUAAUCAAGGCUUUUUUUACUAUCAAGCACUAAGAAUAGUCGAACGUUGCUGUCCUACCGACAGCUCUUGUUUAUUUGGUAACUACUGCAUUUAUAUGAUUUGAUAACAGCAUAAGUUUUGUCUGUGAUAGAUGUAUAUUUCUCUUAUGAGUAUAAAAGGCAGCAAUAUAUUCAUUAAUAUCAGCUUCAAAAAAAUUAUUCUUAUAAAAAAAUACAUAAUUUAAUACGUUUAACCUAUUUAUCAUGAAUGAAUAAGUGUGAUUAAAAAAAAACAAAUCAUGAAUUAAGUUGGAGCUUCUUGUCUCCUAGAAUCUUGAAUUGUUUUCCAAUAUCAUUUUCAGAUGUUCUUUUUUCAUUUGUUUCCUUCUUGUCAUAUUUUUUUAAUUUACAGUUAUGGUAGAAUCAUGUUAUUUUAUGUUCAUUUGUACAAUUUUUGCUUAAAUUAUAAAAUAUAGUUGUGUGAGUCAAUAAGAAUAAAAGGCAGUCACUUAAGAAUGAUGAAUUAU